AGUAAUAUAGUGACAUUGCUUGCAGGAAACAUGGAAAACAAAUACUCCAUACGUCACCACUUAUAUAGCAUCUUUGACUUUCUUGGUCAAAUUGACCAUUUUUUACAUAAAAAAAAGACGUGUCUGAUUAGGAGGACUUCACAAAUCAUCUAACUUUGCUACAACCAAAGGGUGAAACCUCUUAAAGCUUGCUUUAUUAGGUUAAAUAAGAAAGCAAUUGAUUGAUCUGUCUGUUUGUAGCCCACAUGAAGCUCCUGUAUUGAUUAGUUGAGUAACUUACGUCAAUAAACUGUAUGAACCAUAGUUUCUUGUUUGAAUGUCAAUAUUUAUCUUCAAAUUAAAGAUGUUUAUAUAAUAAUAAUGUCUUAAAUGCAGUGAAUAUGGCCACAAAAAAGUCAAGUUGACCAUUUAACCCGUGACAAGGAAUUUUUUGUUAACAAUGAAUUGUACUUUAUGUUUUUUGUUUGAUCAAGUUGUUAAUAAUGAAUUCUCCUUUGGCCUUUCCCUGUGUCAAAACCUACAACCAAACUAUGUGCGCACGGAAAGGAGUCCAGGUGGUCGCAUAUGAUUAUGGACCAGAUAAAGUGGACGUCCAUUGCACCACCAAUUAUUUUUCUUCUUCAGUAUUUUUAAUUAUCAGAUCAUAACCUGUUCUGCUAUUUACCUGGGUAAAUUUGAGCAUUUCAUUUACAUCUAGUUUUGAUAUGAAAUUUUCAGGAGAGUAGAUGAUAUUGUUGUUAUCAGAUCAUUUUAUGUGCUGCUAUUUACUAGGGUAAAUUUGAGCAUCUCAUCGUCGAUAUGAAUUUUUCAGAAGAACAGAUAACAAUGUGUCCAGCACCGAGCAAACUGGUUUGGAAAGGUCAGAAAUGGCAGUGCACGUGUCAUCUUCGCUCGAGUCCCCGAAUCAUUUGCCUCUUACGACUUGUAACAGGAAAUCUAAUAAAACCGUUUCAGGGAAAAGGAAGAGGCGAACCAAAAGGAAGAACCAUUUUAUUGAAGAAAGCUAUACUGCAAAGGUUGAGCAACUUGCGAGGAUUAAACAAAAACAAGAAGAAGAUAAAGCGGCUGCUAGGUUGCAUUCAUUUAAUGGUAGUUGUGGUACCUCUGGAUCUGGAGCAGCAUUCUCAAAGAAGGAUGAUAAAAUAAGAUCUCUCAAAUCUACAAGUACUUCAACAAAGGUGAAAUCCUCUAAUACUUGUGAACGUGUACCAGUGCAUUUUCCUGAGGUUGUCCUUUGCUUUGAGGUAUACCAUAACAGGCGCUCUUGGUUAAAGACUCAAGAAUUUUUGGUUCUUGGACGGCAAUUUUUGACUGAAGUGAGAGACAAAAUAUAUUGCUUGACUGAUGUGAUCAUGAGAAAGGCGGGACAGCAUGAUCCUUCUGGAUACUUCUUAAUAGAAGAUGUAUUUUGCAAUGAUAUGAGGGAACACUCCGCUAUAGACUACAGCCAGCCCAUACUUGAUUGGCUUGAGCACUCUAAGGAUGAUGCACUUGAAAAAUGGGAAUGCAUCAUUGCUGGUGAAUUACAACAAAAGCAAAGGGCACUUUUGGGCAACGAGAAAGUACAUUUGCCUGUGUUUAAAGCUCUUCACAUGCAAAAUACAAGGUUUUGUGACCUAAGGUUUCGACUUGGUGCUGGAUAUCUUUACUGUCACCAGGGGGAUUGCAAGCAUUUAAUUGUAUUGAGAGACAUGAGGUUGAUUCACCCCGAGGAUGUACAAAACCGAGCAGCCUAUCCAUUGGUGACAUUUCAAUUCAAGUUGCGUUAUCGGAAAUGCUCUGCUUGCAAGAUUUACCGGGCAGAAAAGGUGACAGUGGACGACAAGUGGGCUCCGGAGAAUCCUUGCUACUUUUGUGAUAUUUGUUAUUACAUGCUUCACUACGAAAAUGGUUCUCUGCUGUAUAGUGAUUUCUCUGUUUAUGAUUAUCAUCAUGAAUAAUUGUUAUAACAGUCAUUGGUCAAUGGAAAAGAUAAUUUCUGCAAUAUUUAUCCUACUCUUGUAAGGGAUGAUUCGGUUUUGUAAAACCUUUUAGCAUGUUUGGCAGACUCGAUUAAACCAUGUAAGGUCAUAUUUACUCAAUCUGGCAUUUGGGCUAGAAGUUACUCGGAUA